AUGAGGACACAGAGCCCAAAAGGAGGGCGGCCGGCCAAGACCACACACAGCCAGAGAGGCCGCAGCCCUCCCCCUCCCCCCACAGGGAUUUCAGGACAACUGAAGGUCUCCAUGGCCAGGGACCUCAAGCCCCUGCAUCCCCAGGCCCGGGGAAUGAGUUCAGAGCCCGGGCGCGACCCAGCUCCGCCUGACCACAGGCACCUUCCACCGGCCAGGGAAACCUUGCUCAGAUCCUCUCAAUCCUCGCUGCCCCAGCCCAGACUGAGUGGCCUGGACUUUGAGCAGGCAGCGAGGUUACUUGUGCCAGGAGUUUCUCCCGGGUUUCUGCUGGAGUCCAACAACAUCUGA